CCCCCUCCCCGGGCCGCCGCGGCCGGGAUCGGGGCCCAUGGACGCCCCGUCCAUCAUCACCCAGGUGACCAACCCCAAGGAGGACGAGAGCAGCCAGAGCCCCUGCAGCGGGCGCGACAAAGCGUCCCAGAGCAGCUUCAGCCUGAAGAAGCAGAGGAGCCGGAGCAUCUUCAGCUCGUUGUUCUGCUGCUUUCGCGGCUACGAUGCGGACCCCACGGCCAUCCGCAGCACGGGCGCGCCGCCCCCGGCGGUGGAGGAGAACGGGGGGCUUCAGAAGGGCGACCAGAGGCACGUCAUCCCCAUACCGAGUGCACAGGAAGCACAGCCAGUUCAGGACUCAAAGCCGGGCCUCAGGCCCGAGGGGCCGCCUGCCUCACCUUGGCUUCAGCUCCAGCCUCGGCCUCCACGUCCAGAAAUGCCUGUACAGUCCAGGCCGUGCCCUCUUAGCUCUGAGGGCGGCCCUCGAGACGACAAUAAGGAGGGGACGCUCACGAGACAGCCAUCAGCUAAAUACCUCCUUCCAGAACUGAAGGUACCAGACUACGGCAAGAAAUGCAUGGUCAUUGACCUUGAUGAGACCUUGGUGCACAGCUCAUUUAAGCCUAUCAGUAAUGCUGAUUUUAUUGUUCCGGUUGAAAUCGACGGAACCAUACAUCAAGUCUACGUCUUGAAACGACCACAUGUGGAUGAGUUUCUUCAAAGGAUGGGGCAGCUCUUUGAGUGUGUACUUUUCACGGCCAGCCUAGCGAAGUACGCAGACCCUGUGGCAGAUCUGCUAGACCGCUGGGGCGUGUUCCGGGCAAGGCUCUUUAGAGAAUCCUGUGUUUUCCACCGAGGAAACUACGUGAAGGACCUCAGCCAGCUGGGGCGGGAGCUGAGCAAAGUAAUCAUCAUUGACAAUUCUCCAGCCUCUUACAUCUUCCACCCAGAGAAUGCGGUCCCUGUGCAGUCCUGGUUCGACGACAUGGGUGACACCGAGCUGCUGGACCUAAUCCCCUUCUUCGAAGGACUGAGUCGUGAGGAAGACGUCUACGGCAUGCUUCAGAAGUUCUGCCACAGGUAGCCUUGGUCUCAUCCCUCCUUCCACCCUGGCUGUGGCUGAAACGCAUCCAGGCUCCGACCAUCUCCACUGUCCACGCUUGGAAAUGGACGCUGGGAGGAGGCAGUUUCUGCCAGACCUGGAAGGAAGAUGAACAGGGGCCACGUGCAUCAGGCCCUCGUCACCAGGGACAGCAAGGGGAGGCCCGGCCGGCUCUGCCACGCUUCCCGUCGGUCUCCGAGAGUAUGGUCGAUCAUGCCUCUUUUUAAAAAGGAAAAGAAAAUCACUAUUUUAAAAGGAACUCUUUUCAUGAAUUCCAUAAAUAGAAACAUGUUUUCCUGGAUCGCUUUUUCUUAAAACAUACCAAAAAAAGGAAUGAAUCUUGAUGUGUUUCAACGGUUGAACCCUGCUCCUGACCUUCCUUCCUCCAAUGCCAACAUUCAGACCUUCUCCCUCUCAUUCCUGCUUAGAGCAGUGGAACUGACUCUGAGUUUCUUUCCUACUGAAUGAAGUGCCUUUGGAAUGUUAUUUUGAGAUAAAAGUUAAUUUUUGUAUACUGCGUAUUUCCAGACAUCUUUUAAUCUUUUAUUGUCUAACUGCUUUAAAAAAAAAAAAAACAGGAGAGUUUUAUAGAGCACUGUAAUAUAUGAUAACUAAAAAAGCGGAGAGAAAGGGCAGCUGAGGUGCUGGGGCCCCUUCUGCCCCCGGAAUGGGAUUUGCUUCCACGGCUCCGGACACGUUUCCACGUCGGGCUUAAGAUCUUGGAAUCUUUCGGUGUUUCCCACGGUUCCGUGUUUGUCCUCAUUGUCUCCAUCCAUUCUGACAGCGUGUGUGUGACCUAAGCACCCUCGGAAAGGUUUCAUGUCAUGGAGUGUGUUGGUUGGGGUUUUUUUAAGUGGUCACAAAUUGGUCUUUCAGUCCCUUCCCCCCCAGAGAGACGAGACGUCUCAUCUCCUACCCUGCUGCCAUCCAGACACCCUUCGCGAUGCGAUGACAAAAGUCCCAUUGUCUUUGGAGGCAGAAAACAAAUGUCUCAACGUCUUUCCUUUCAAGUAGCCCAUUGGGGUGAGUCGGACACGCCCGUCGAGCUGUCCUGGGAGUUCUUUUUUUCAUUGCUGCUACUGUUCUGUCAGAGAUGGAGCUCUCCCUGGCGGCUGUGAUACUGUUCUUUGCCACCGUGCCUACACCAAAAACCCACUUGCUUUGAUCUGCCAAUAUGGGAAAUCUCGUCCCCCAACAAGGGGCACCCACCGGACCCAGGAGCUCUCUUGUCUCAACUUCUGGGGGACAUUAAGUGACAAAAGUACAGCAUCGUGCCCUGGCAUUCAUUUUGUGUUAGAGAGAGUCCUCACCACUGGGAUCAGUGGGCCAGCCUCGUGCCAAACAGGGAGAGAAAGAACACACCUUGAGAAGUUCUGGAAUGGGGGUGGGGGGCCUGCCCCCCCCCCCCCCCCCGAAGCUGGGCAUCUUACUCGAUCAGGGCUGCAGGGAAAGAGAGGGCUUUCGUUCCUCGUCCAGCAUUUGCAGCGAGGUCUGUAAGCCUUGUUGCACAAUAACACCAUCUGGAGAGCAUCGCUUAAAAAAGAACCAGCCAAUCUUUUAUGUAAGCACCAUCCCCAUGUCCUGUGUCCCUUCUCCAUCAGAGCCUCUCUGAUGGAGAAGCAGGGCCAGGGAUGCCCAGGUUAUGCGCAUGCUAGCUGAGGUCAAAACUGGUUUUUUGCUUUAAUUCUUAUUGGAAUGUGGAGUGAUGAAACUCAGCUGCCCAGAAGUGUGCCCCCUGCAUGGUGGGUGGCUGCCAUGGUGGCUUUGGCCCGCAGAGCAGUCUGAAGUGGGGCCUGGGGCCUGGAGCCCAGUCGGCUCACCAGCGUUUCCAUUCCAUGACAACUGUGGGUGGAGCCAUUGUUCGAUGCUCAUUCAUCAAACCAGUGAUUGAUCGAACCCAUUGCCUUAAAUGUCUGUGAAUGAAUGUUGAUCCUAAGUGUCUUUUCAUGUCUCAAGUCCCCACAUACACAGACAUUGGACCUUCUGUUCUGACCUCCGGCAGACAGAUGAAUUUCAACAAGAUACAACCAAAUUAUGUUCUUUCUUGGCAUCCCUGGACAGCCUUGAAAGAGGAUCGAGAGCCUUUAAAUUCACAAUGCAGGGAAGGCCGGGGCCCAGAGUUGUCUGCUCCCUACAGCUGGGGGAUGAUGACCCUUCUGAUGUGGAGUAUUUCCUGAAGCCACCGGAGCUGUUUGACUCAACAGGUGGCAGCUGGGUGUGGCCGCCUUCUGCCACCACUCAAGAUUCCGUCUUCAUUUCUGGCAAGACACACAUUGUCAGAGCACCUCCACUUUAAUGAAGCAAUAGCAUUGGAACCUUGAGGCCAGAAAACGAGUUGAAUGUUUGCUUUAAAAAGGAAAAAUGGAUACGGGUAUUUUUAAUUAUUGCCAUUAGUAAUGUAUAGGCAUUCAAAACCACAAAAGGUUAAAAAUGUUUUAUCUCCAUGUGCCAUAUGUCUCCCCCCCAUCGCCAAAGCAACCCUGAGUUCAGUUUUCUGUUAAGCCCAAGGAAAGGGUGGUUCACCCCGCGGUCUGGGGUCCUUUGCUCGCUAGGCUGCCGGGUGCCAAGCCUACAUGCCAAGUUACCGGACAGGACGCCUUGGGUUCUGGAAAUCCAGGAGCUGCCCCAGUGUCUGGGGCGGUGCCAGGGCUCCCCUGCUGCUGUUUCUCCGAUCUCUGAAAGCGUGUCUGCUUCACCCUCUGGAUUUCCAAAGUGUUCUGUUCAUUAAAAAGAAAGGUCCCCUGCUCCGCGUGGCCGGUGGAAGGGACGCUCCCUCGAUCACAUCCCAGGGACGCCAAGAGAGGCAGAUGACGAGGCCUUAGAGAGGAGAGAGCUUUGGGACCCAGCUGUGUGGUGGACAAACGGACACAGUCUUCUCUGUUUUAAAAGUCACUUUCUAAUCCAAUGCCACGCUGCAGCCCCCCGCAGACCGGGGAACAAGCUCCUGGCCACUGAUUUCCACGGUGCUGGGAUGGGUGGGAGUAAGCGGCGGCUGCUUGGGCUUCUCUUGGUUAACUAUGCAAACGAGUCUGUGUGGGUUUUGUUCCGUUUUGCUGUAAACUCGGUGCCGUCUGCCUUUGCUCUGCGCAGAUUGCGCUCCGGUCAGCAGGGGGCAUGUUGCUUGUCUGGACAGGCCUGCAGAAGCGUGCCCAGGGAGCGCGAGGGCCACGGGAGGAGUGCCGUCACUCGGCAGGGGUGCCAUGCUUUCCUCACUGUCAAAAAUAAAAGUUUUUAACAAUGGA